AUGCCCCAGCAAGAACAUCUAGAUUUUUCCGCUGGGCAAUUUUUGCUUGGAUUUGUUCAUGACUUUUGGCAAGGACCUGAUUCAUAUGAUGAUGCUAAAUUAUUAAUUAAUACAUAUGAAACAUGUAUAACAAUCAAAAGUAUGCAGAUUAAACCGUUAUUUCCACCACCUUUAAUCGAUCCAAUGUUAAAAAAUGGAGAUAUUAAUUUGAAAUUAUGGAAACAAUCUAUGCGACCCAAUGUUACAAGUACUGAAUUAGCUCAUUUAUAUUUCCUACCAAAACCACAUAAAAGAUUUUUAGAUCGAUAUAGCGAAAAUCACCGAAUUUAUGGCAUGACAAUUGAUACAAUCACACGAUUCACUCGUCUAGUAUUAGAUACCAAUUGUUUUUAUUUUGAAAAGAAAUAUUAUCAACAAAUUUGUGGUGGAGCAAUGGAAUCACCAUUAACAAUGACUUUAGCCAAUAUUUAUAUGUUAGAAUGGGAACAACCAUUGAUUGAGCAUCAAAAAUCUCACCAUGAACUCUAUGUUCGAUAUAUUGAUGAUGUAUUUAUGACUACAAAUGCAUUAGCUCACAUCAGUGUUGAACUCAACAGAGUGGAGAAAAAUGAUGAAAAUAUACGAAUUACUCGAUCAAUAGGCUCUACUCUCGAAUUUCUCGAUGUUCUAGUAACGAAUGAUAAUGGACAGUUGAAAACUUCUGUUUUUCAUAAACCAGCAGCUGGACCUUAUAUUUUACCAUAUUUAUCAGAUCAUCCACGUCAUAUUCAUCGUAGUACGGUUAAAUUGGGUUUACUUCGAGCAGCACGACUCUGUUCUCAUGUCGACGAUUUUGAUCAAGAACGACUGAAUAGUGAACUUACAUUACUCUUGAAUGGCUAUCCGCCCAAAUUUAUCGCUUAUCAUUUUAGAAAAUUUUUUCAUAAGAAUAAAAUCACAUCAUUAAUGGAACAAUUAAAUGACGAUAUAUAUCAAGAAUUUCACCGAAAAUUAUUACUUCAACCAACACGAUGGGAAAGACAUCAACAAUCACCUCAAAACUGCUCAAAUCAAAAGCAGCUUUUUAUCAAUUAA